GAAACAGCUGCUACGUCCUGUCCUGGGGGCCCUGUGCCCUGCCUGCUGCUCUGAACUGCCUGCGUGCAGCCCUUCCAUCAGCGCAGCCAGCCAGAGGAUGGAGAUGGCGCCACUGCUAGGCUUCUGCCUCAGCGGCGGUGUGGCGCUGCUCUCCCUGCUCCCCGGCCCGAGCCUGGCCCAGUAUGAGAGCUGGCCCUACUACCCCGAAUACUUCCAGCAGCCGGCCCCCGAGUACCACCAGCCGCAGGUGCCCUCCGACGUGGUCAAGAUCCAGCUGCGCCUGGCCGGGCAGAAGAGGAAGCACAGUGAGGGACGGGUGGAGGUGUACUACAAGGGCGAGUGGGGCACCGUGUGCGACGAUGACUUCUCCAUCCACGCCGCCCACGUGGUCUGCCGGGAGCUGGGAUACGUGGAGGCCAAGGCCUGGACUGCCAGCUCCUCCUACGGCAAGGGGGAAGGGCCCAUCUGGUUGGACAAUCUCCACUGCACUGGCAAGGAGGCCACUCUGGCAGCCUGCUCUUCAAACGGCUGGGGUGUCACCGACUGCAAGCACACAGAAGACGUGGGUGUGGUGUGCAGUGACAAAAGAAUUCCUGGGUUCAAAUUCGACAAUUCGUUGAUGAACCACGUAGAGAACAUGAAUAUCCAGGUGGAUGACAUCCGGAUCCGAGCCAUCCUCUCGGCCUACCGCAAGCGCACCCCGGUGAUGGAGGGCUAUGUGGAGGUGAAGGUGGGCAAGAGCUGGAAGCAGAUCUGCGACAAGCACUGGACGGCCCAGAACUCCCAUGUGGUCUGCGGCAUGUUUGGCUUCCCCGGGGAAAAGACAUACAACACCAAGGUGUACAAGAUGUUUGCUGCCAGGAGGAAGCAGCGCUACUGGCCCUUCUCCAUGGACUGCACAGGCACAGAGGCCCAUAUCUCCAGUUGCAAGUUGGGUGCCCGCGUGUCGAAGGACCCCGUGAAAAACAUCACCUGUGAGAAUGGGCUGCCCGCCGUCGUGAGUUGUGUGCCUGGCCAAGCCUUCAACCUGGACGGACCCUCAAGGUUCCGGAAAGCCUACAAGCCAGAGCAACCUCUGGUGCGGCUGAGAGGCGGGGCCAACGUCGGGGAGGGCCGUGUGGAGGUGCUGAAGAAUGGAGAAUGGGGCACCAUCUGCGAUGACAAGUGGGACCUGGUGUCUGCCAGCGUGGUCUGCCGAGAGCUGGGCUUCGGGAGUGCCAGGGAGGCCAUCACCGGCUCCAGGCUGGGCCAAGGGAUAGGGCCCAUCCACCUGAAUGAAAUCGAGUGUACCGGGAAGGAAACGUCCAUCAUCGAGUGCAAGUUCAAUGCCCAGUCUCUGGGCUGCAGCCAUGAGGAGGAUGCGGGCGUGAGAUGCAACGUGCCUGCCAUGGGCUUCCAGAAAAAGCUGCGACUGAAUGGGGGCCGUAACCCCUACGAGGGCCGGGUGGAGGUGCUGGUGGAGAGAAACGGGUCCCUGGUGUGGGGGACAGUGUGUGGAGAGAACUGGGGCAUCGUGGAGGCCAUGGUGGUGUGCCGGCAGCUGGGCCUGGGCUUUGCCAGUAACGCCUUCCAGGAAACCUGGUACUGGCACGGGAACAUCUACGCCAAUAAAGUGGUCAUGAGCGGAGUGAAGUGUUCAGGCACAGAGCUGUCCCUGGCCCACUGCCACCAGGAUGAGGAGGUGGCCUGCCCCCAGGGCGGGCUGCAGUUGGGGGCCGGAGUCGCCUGCUCAGAAACGGCUCCUGACCUAGUCCUCAACGCCGAGAUGGUCCAGCAGACCACCUACCUGGAAGACCGGCCCAUGGUCAUGCUGCAGUGUGCCCUGGAGGAGAACUGCCUCUCGGCCUCGGCCGCCCACACCAACCCCACUACGGGCUACCGCCGCCUCCUCCGCUUCUCCUCCCAGAUCCACAACAACGGCCAGGCUGACUUCCGACCCAAGAAUGGCCGCCACGCCUGGAUCUGGCACGACUGCCACAGGCACUACCACAGCAUGGAGGUGUUCACCCACUACGACCUGUUGAACCUCAACGGCACUAAGGUGGCGCAGGGCCACAAAGCCAGCUUCUGCUUGGAGGACACAGAAUGUGAAGGAGACAUCCAGAAGAGUUACGAGUGUGCCAACUUUGGCGAGCAGGGAAUCACCAUGGGCUGCUGGGACAUUUACCGCCAUGACAUCGACUGCCAGUGGAUCGACAUCACCGACGUGCCCCCGGGGGAAUACCUGUUCCAGGUCAUCAUCAACCCCAACUAUGAGGUUGCAGAAUCUGACUACAUCAACAACAUCAUGAAGUGCCGGGCCCGCUAUGACGGCCACCGCAUCUGGAUGUACAACUGCCAUAUAGGUGGCUCUUACAGUGAAGAAACAGAAAAGAAAUUUGAGCAGUUCAGCGGACUCCUGACCAAUCAGCUCUCCACACGGUAGAGGGGGGAGUGUGGUCGCCACCUAUCCUGGGGCCACACUGCGUCUCCUUCAACAACUACUACCCCUCACUCACCGAGCCCCUGCCCCAGCUCGACCCCCAAAAGUCACAUCCACCUCAGGAGGAAGGGCUGCUGGCCGGUUCCUCCACCCGCUCCAUCAAGGCUCAGGGUCUGGGGCUGAGCUUGUCCGCAGGGCUGUGGGGCAGCGCCGCAGGCACGGAAAGCCAGUCUGGCCCAGGCCUCUUCAGCCACUGACCCUGGUCAUCAGCGUGUCCCCUCCAAGCCAUAUUCCACCCUGAGCCUGACAGCACCAGCUCACCACAGACAGUAAGGUCGACAGGGCCAUGCUCUUAAAUUAGGGGUUGACGGGUGUGAGCUUUUCCGCCCCAUGGUGCUCCAGCUGGGCCCAUCCCAGCCGACUUGACUCUCUCAAGCCCUCUUCCAACUGCCUCUUGUCUAGUUUCUCAUAAGCACGCAUGUAGGUAAUGCUGCCGCAGGAUUUCUGGUCGGUGAGUCUGGCCGGGGUGUUCCUCCCCUUAUAUCCAGACACCGUUGUUAUACUCCUACAGACUUGGAAGCUAACAAUGUUAAUAAUGAGUGGCAUUGACUCCGGGACGCUUGGGCCUUUGAAGUACGGCUCCAAAGAAAAACCAAAGCACCUGUGUAAGGGACUCGUCUUGCUGUUGCGGUUCUGUGGGGACCAGACUCUGAGGUGCUAUAUGACCAGGGUCGGGGUGCCAAGGGCACUCCCCACACGCCACAUGCCAUCACGGACGCUCGCACAUACUUGAAACUUCAAAUAAAAGGUCUAUGAUAUGCA